UUUUCAACCACCCAUUUUCCCCUACGCUCUCUAUAUAUGUGUGUAGAAUUCUUCCUAUCAAACUGUGAAAUUUUCUGCCUCCAUUUCUGUGAGAGUAAUCCCAAGAAAUUAACAUGUCUUUAGGGAUGCAUGGCCAUGGAAGUGAGAGGAUUCCUCUUCUUAACACACAAGGGGGUCGAAAAGGAAAUGCUGCCGCAGAAGAUGGUCAGCUAACAGACCUUGAACAUGGCGAUGCGAUACCGGCAGCAAAUGUGGGCUUUGGCAGAGUACUGUCUCUUGCAAAGCCUGAAGCGGCCAGUUUGGUUGUUGCCACGGUAGCUUUGUUGAUUGCGUCCACGUCUAGUAUAUUGGUGCCAAAAUUUGGAGGGAAGAUAAUUGAUAUUGUUUCAGGGGACAUUCAAACACCCGAACAGAAAUCUAAAGCUUUGAAGGCUGUCUAUAGUACCAUAGUUGAAAUCUUUCUGAUUGUCAUAAUUGGUUCAAUUUUCACUGCACUGCGAGCAUGGUUAUUUUCCUCUGCCAGUGAGAGGGUUGUUGCUCGAUUAAGAAAGGACUUGUUCUGUCAUCUUAUUCAUCAAGAGAUAGCCUUCUUUGAUGUUACUCGGACCGGAGAGCUACUAAGUAGACUUUCUGAAGAUACGCAGAUUAUUAAAAAUGCUGCAACUACUAAUCUUUCAGAGGCCUUGAGGAAUCUUUCGACUGCAUUUAUUGGUCUUGGAUUCAUGCUUGCAACAUCAUGGAAGUUAACUUUGCUGGCUUUGGUGGUAGUUCCAGUUAUAUCUAUUGCAGUUCGUCAAUUUGGUCGCUAUCUUCGGGAACUUUCUCACAAGACUCAAGCUGCAGCUGCAGUGGCUUCUUCUAUUGCAGAGGAAACAUUUGGUGCCGUACGCACAGUGAGGUCUUUUGCACAGGAGGAAUACGAGAUCUCACGCUAUUCUGAGAAAGUUGAUGAAACGCUGAAGCUUGGACUCAGACAAGCUAAAAUUGUUGGUUUUUUCUUCGGAGGUCUUAGUGCUGCUUCAACGCUAUCAGUCAUUGUGGUAGUAAUCUAUGGUGCUACACUUACAAUCAAAGGAUCAAUGACUCCAGGAUCUCUUACAUCUUUCAUUCUGUAUAGCUUAACUGUUGGAUCUUCGGUAUCGGGACUAUCUAGUUUAUAUACAGUAGCCAUGAAAGCUGCUGGAGCUAGUAGGCGGGUUUUCCAACUUUUAGAUCGUAAUUCAUCCAUGCCAAAAUCAGGAAAUAAGUGUCCGCUGGGAGAUCAAGAUGCCGAAGUGGAGUUGGAUGAUGUUUGGUUUGCCUAUCCAUCCCGCCCUAAUAUUAUGGUCCUCAAGGGGAUAACGUUAAAAUUACAAAGCGGUUCAAAGGUUGCACUUGUAGGUCCAAGCGGGGGUGGAAAGACGACAAUAGCGAAUUUGAUAGAGAGAUUUUAUGAUCCUAUCAAAGGAAAGAUUAUGCUAAAUGGAGUUCCUCUGGUUGAAAUAUCUCAUGAGCAUCUGCACAGGAAGAUCAGUAUCGUGAGCCAGGAACCUAUUCUUUUCAAUUGCUCAAUUGAGGAGAAUAUCGCCUAUGGAUUAGAUGGGAAAGCAAGCAGUAUGGAGAUAGAAAACGCCGCUAAAAUGGCGAAUGCCCAUGAAUUCAUUUCCAAGUUUGCUGAGAAGUACCAAACUUUUGUUGGUGAGCGUGGUGUAAGGCUUUCAGGUGGUCAGAAACAAAGAAUAGCCAUUGCCAGAGCUCUGCUGAUGAAUCCAAGAAUCCUACUUUUGGAUGAGGCAACUAGCGCCCUGGAUGCUGAAAGUGAAUAUCUAGUUCAGGACGCCAUGGACUCUCUAAUGAAGGGCAGGACAGUGCUGGUUAUAGCUCACAGGUUGUCAACCGUCAAAACUGCAGACACAGUAGCAGUGGUUUCUGAUGGUCAGAUAGUAGAAAGCGGAACUCAUGACGAUCUCCUCAGCAAGAACGGUAUCUACACCGCCUUGGUUAGGAGACAAUUACAAGGACCAAAGACGGAAAUCUAGUCGCUAGUUUCAAGCCAUAUUGGCUAAUAGUAGAAUGGAUACAGAAAUUACGCACUGAUUAUCUCAGUUCUUGAUAUGGGCAUAAUCUUCUAUAAUUUCGUUACAACUGAUCGUUUGGUAGUUGAUGUUCGGAUCUAAGGUCUGGGUUCUGAAACAGAUGUGGUUUUGUUGUUGUGGAGAACAGAAAUGCCUCAAGGAAAACAUGGAAGGAGGUAAAUGCUAGUGGUAGAUUGCUCGGUAUAAGUAAUAGACAAACAUUCAGACAGAACAAAUUAUUCUUGUGCAUCAACAUCCAUUUUCUGAUCUGUUGUAAUAUUCUUCAACAGGAAACAAAUGGCCUUGUCUGGCUUUCUGCCUUCACAUUUCCUUUGCUGUCAAUGAUCCCUGUUUUCAGAUUAAA